GAAUUCGAACAACUUGAAGCCACUUGGCAGUCAGAGACGCGAGAGUUGACCCAGUUGGUAGAACGUCUGAAAGAGGAGAAUACACAAUUAAAAGAGGCUAUCAAGGAGAAGAGAGAGAAGCGCGAUUCAGUCGCCAAUUUCCGACAGUCCAACGAGGGAUGUGCCGAGGAAAUCCAGCUGAUGCUACGACUCAAAAAUGUAAUCGAUCGACAAAAGGUGGAAAUUCGGGGCAUGCGUCGUCAGCUGGCGCAGAAGAAUGUCGAUCUGGAUGCGGGGCAUUUGGAUAUCGCCGGAACCAGCCUGGAAUUCUCAUUAGCAUCCACUCGCUUGUCUCUCAUUUUUGACUCCGAUGUGGUUCGAAUCCGUGAUCUCUGGACCGACGCAAUGGUGACCAAGGCCAUUAUAAAUGAAAUGCAACAGCAAGCUACGCGACUGGCUAAGUUGAACGCGGUGCUUCGGCGUAAACAUUUCGUGAGCAAGCGUCAAGCUGAUCAAUUACUCAGUGAGAAAACGGAUUUGGAACUGAUGCUUCAGACCAAAGAACAUCUAAUCCAACAGAUGCGGGAGCACGUGUGUCAUCAUCAUCCGAGCGAACCUGGGCGAACUACCCCGUUGCCCAAUGUGGGCAUGUCCACAUCCAUGAUCAAGGAGCUUGCCUCUCCCGGAACGCCGCCUGUUCAGCUAACUGAGUCACAGCUAAUUGAGCGUUUGAAUGCCGAGGAUAAGAUGAUCACGGAUGCGAGAGAUCCUUCACGACCGCAUUUCACGGCUCAGGAAUUGCGCGACCUACUCACUGAGCGCAAUGAGCUCAAAUCUCGUCUGAUUGAAGUAGAAGAGGAAUUGUCCGUGUACAAGAGGGCCGGGGUUUAUGAGGCGCUGUUGGAGCAUAGGAAGAACGGUAUUAUCCAGGAAGUGCACAGCUUGCUUUCUGGCAGUACUUUCACCAUGCAUGUUUCAUGGCACUGUUUGUUCCCCGUUGGCCUUCAUUAG